UGACGACAACUUGACGCGCCGCGGACAGCUGCUCAAUCAUACAGAGAGCUCAAGGGGCAACCAUCGACGAUGGUGUAGCGGCCCAGGGGCCCUCAUGUCGACGGCGACCAUCUCCAAACGGCAACCAGCUCCAACAAUACACCCACUGACGAGGCUCUGCCGUGCACAAGAGCUGUCGCCUGGCAGCUUCGUGCUAGUCCGGCCCCAUGGACCAGUGGUUCAAUGAUGUAGCCAAACCAACUCUCUUCGAAGCCCUGGCGGCUGCCUGUGGCGAAAUCGACCACAAACUCAACGCCGCUCUUGCAGCCGCGCCACAGGCUAACAACAGCGAUGUCGCGGCCGAGCUCGAAGCUCUCCGGGCCAAGGCUGCCCAGGUCGACAAGCUGCAGCAGGAGAAUACCGCUCUUCGCGGCCAAAUCCAAGAACUAGGAACUCCGACGGCUUCACGGCUCAUGUCCCCAACCAAAAGCCUCGCUCAGGACACACGACAUGGCUCUGCGAUACCCCAUACUCCCCUCAUGCGGACGCCGCUCGCAAGCAAGUCGACCAACGAGGCACUGAGCACCCACGGGCCCAGCGCGAAGCGUCCGCCUCCCAAGCCUUCCACAAUCGACACGUCCCACUUAGCGUUACCAGAACUUCGGGUCGAGUUUAGCAAGCUUCAAGAUGACUAUCAAAGCUUGUACGCAAAGUAUACAGGCGCGCAGAAUGCCCGUGCGAAACUGGAACAGACCUUAAGGAGCAAGGUCAAGGCACUUGCGGAGUGGCAGACGCAGUGGAAUUCUCUGACCAAACAGAGUGACGAGCGUCUCCACAAGAUCAAGCUGCUCAAAGCAAAGCUUGCUAUGAUUUCCGACAGCCCCCAGCCAGAGUCAAGCCGCGAUGCUAGCCUCGCACCUGGCAUCGGUGAGGAAGGCCAUGCCAUCAGAGCCGACAAUAAGCCGGGACUCGCCCGCACCGAUAACAGCGCCGAUGAUACGAACUCUUCCAGCACCGGGAGUACCCGAGGUUCACGGCCGACGAUGGACGUUACUCAGCACCCGCCAACUAAUGCUGCAAAGACUGCCGAUGACCAGGUGGAUGACUACCCAGCUCUUCCUCCGAUGCCUACCGAGCCGACAAACAAAUCAGGGCAAGCUACACAGGUGAAGAGCGAGCCGUCGUCGGACCCUGUCGUGAUAUCGGAGAAGGUUGUCCGCAAACGUAAGGUGCUUGGUGAUACGGAUCGUUCCAGUCCGGCUGGACCGAGGAUCAAAAAUGAGCCAAAUUCAGAUCCCCUGACCAUUGAUGACAGUGAUAAGUUUGCUGCGCAUGAGAGCAUGGAUCUGGAUGCUGAUGGACAGUUGAUAAGAACGCCCAAGAAGCAUCGGCACCAGCAGCAAGGGGCACCUCUAAUGGACGUUUCGGAUUCCAAGGAGAAUCAGUCGCACGCGGGGGAUUCCGACGGCCAAUACGAAGCUGCAGAUCUUUCGGUUGCAAAACCAGUCAGAGACACUCUGGCAGACCAUUCUUCUGCCCUUCAUCCGCUCAGUGUCAACGUCCUGCGGAAAAGAACGCUGCCACUUGACGUGAGCGGAAUGCGAUUUCGCAAGCGUCGGUCAACAAAUGGACUCGCUAGCCUGGCUGAAGACGGCGAAUUAUAUGAUAAUGCGCAAGGCCACAGCACUACGAGUCGUGACAAAUCGUCAAUUGGUGUGUUGCACGAUCUUCUCCAUUCGCAUACCCCAGAUAGGGAGUCCAUCGUGCACCCUGGCGCAAUCCAGACGGGAAGCUCGACACCGACCCCUCUCGCUCGCACCGCAAGCCCCAUGAUGUAUCAGUUUCCGGUCCCAGAGAAAAGGCCUCUUCCUUUUGGCAGUAGAGCCUCAAAAAUUGCGCAAUCUUGCCCCCCAAAACCACAAAACGCGGAGCAUACAACCCCUAGGAAAAGGGGUGUGCCCGUCAGCUCGAAGAACAAACCCAGCUCCGAAGGGCCUCGAAAGGGACCGUCGUUACGUGAGCGACCGCUUUCCGAGCUGAAACUUACGGAUUUCAAGGUCAACCCUGCGACAAACGAUGGCGUCGACUUUGCAUACACGGAUAUUGUGCGCGGCCGGGACGAGAGAUCAAAGCUCCCAGGCGAUCUUUCGGUCUAUGCGGACGAGUUUCGAGCACAGGCUAGGGCUCAGCGCCACAGUACCAGUAAUCUUGCAUUCACCUCGCUUUUAGAGAGUUGGCUUGGCGACAACUCGUAUAAACUGGCAGAGAUUUCGGCGGCCGAGAAGGAGAGGAUAUGGGAAGACGCCAAAACGGCAGAACUUGCCAAGAUGUGUGGGCGCGUCAAGCACAGGUUCCAGCGGCAGCGUACGCCGCCGGGCGCAUGGCGGACAGACUUCCCGAGCACACAAGAGGAGGAACAGUAUAGGGAGGAGGCACGCGCGAGGGACCGCCAGACAGUGGCGGAACGCUAUCGGGAGGCCAUGCGUCCUGGCGGGACGUGGUUGUUCAGGGACGAAUGAGGCUUGA